AUGUGUACCUCGCACGGAAUGCAACAGACUGGCUGGAGGCAAGAAAAAAUCCGCAAGCAGAACGUCCUAGACCUUCUCGACCAACUCGAAGUCUCCGGCAUUGAGCUUUAA